AGUGAAUCAGAAAGCUCCUCAUGCUGGCUCGAGCCAUGGCUCUGCAGACUGCAUUGUAAUUCUCAUAUUGGCUCAAGGUGGGCUCAAGCAUCCAACUUCCUUCUCCCUAGCUGGAGUAGGUACGCCAAGCUCAUGAGCACCCAGCAGCUGAGGACUUUCCUGUCUGGUUGCUCAGCUGGCGGCUUCAAAGACGUUGAUGUUUGCUUGCAAGUGGGCCACGAAAAGAAGGGUGGAUCUUCCGCUGCUCAAGGCAGGACCACUUCUCGUCAUCCAUGGCCACCUUUUACAACGCCACCACCAGUGGCAUCCUUCCGGGCCACGCUCUUCCGCCGCAAUUGGCUCAACUCUGGUCGCACGAGCUGGGCUGGCUAAGUGGCGCCCUCCCCCCUGUAACUCCAGUGGACCAACAGUUUGAGCUCACCCCCAGGACUGGCGCCGCCCUGGUCCUGGCCUUUGUGUGUGGUCUUUUGGCAAACGCGGCGGGCGUGGGUGGCGGCCCUUUCUACAUCCCUUUGUUCAACGUGUUGCUGGGGUUCAACCUCAAGGUGUCUGCGGCCCUGUCCCACACUGUUGUCUCCGCCAGCGCCCUGGCCAGCACCCUGUACGGCCUGCGCCAGACCAGUCCCCGCGACCCCAACCGGCCCCUCCUGGACGUGGACCUCGCGCUCACCUUCAUCCCCGCGCUGCUGCUCGGGGUCAGCUUCGGCGUGCUAUUCAACGUGCUCAUCCCCGAGUGGCUGCAGACGAUCCUGCUGGUCCUGCUGCUCGCCUUCGUCAUCCGUAACACCGCCCGCAAGGCGCGCAAGCAGUGGGCCGCCGAGAAAGCCGCCCGCACCAAGGACGCUUCUGCCGUGGCCCCUUUAGCGGCCGCGCGCGAGCCCCUCCUCCCCGCCCAUGAGAGCCACGAUGUCGAGAGUGCCCCGCCCCCGAAGGACGAGCAUGCCGACGCGGCCGCGGGCCUGGCGCGCAAGGGCACACUGCUGCAGCUCCUCGAGAUGGAGGACCACCCGGGGGGGGUCUUCCACGAGGAGGCCUUCUUCCCCCACGACAAAACGCACGGCGCCGCGGCCCCUGAGCCGCCCACGCGACAGCGCGAGCAGCCCCGGGGCAUGCUGGCGCGCAUCCCUUUCGGGAAGCUGGCGGAGAUCGUGGUGCUCUGGCUGCUAUUCCUGUACAGCCAGCAGCUCAAGAGCCGCUACGGGCGGUGCACGUGGCAGUACCUGAGCAUCUUGGCGGGGCAGGCGGCCGUGCUGGUGUCCUUUGCGGCGGGCCAGAUAUGGUACCAGGUGCGCAAGGCGGCCACGCGGCCGCACGACCUCGACCCGGAGCUGCGGGUCAUCCUGGCGGCGGACGCAGAGCGGGAGCCGGGCAAGCCCCACCCCGCGCGCGCGCUGGCGCAGGUGGCGGGCGUGAUGGCCCUGGCGGGCAUGACGGCGGGCCUGCUGGGCAUUGGCGGCGCGCUGCUCUUCAACCCGUGGCUGCUGCAGCUAGGAGUGCACCCCCAGGUGACGGCGUCCACGGCGGUGCUGAUGAUCCUGUUCAGCAGCUCCGCCAUCGCGCUGUCGCUGUCGUUCCAGGGCCUGCUCAGCCACAGCUACGCGCUCGUGUUCGCGCCCGUCUGCUUCGCGGCGUCCCUCGUCGGCGUGACGCUUAUUGGCCGGGUUGUGCGGCAGUCGGGGCGGGCGUCCAUCAUCGUCAUUAUCCUGACGGUCGUCAUUACGGCCGGCACGGUUGUGACGGGAGUCUUUGGAGGCAUCAGGUCGUACGAACAGAUCGUGAACGGCGGAGACAUCGGCUUCCACCCCAUCUGCACCAGGUGACAAGUCGAAGCUGGCAUAGCAACUUAAAGACAGCAGCGGCAUGUGGCUCAUGUGUCCUUGCUGAAGAGACGACACGUCUGGUUUUGUUUCUAGAAAGGCGCCUGAAGUAGUCCCCUAAAACUGCGGGAUUGCGCCAAGCCGAUUAAGGAGUCUUCUGCUGUAUUCUAAAGCUUGCCAGCACAGUCGGUUUGGCAAACGGUGAUCUGUCAUCCAACUUAUGAACGUAAUUUUACCAAUAUUCUGCACCUUAAGU